AUACUUUAAGCAAUCAUAAACAACAAAUCUUCUAAACACCAAAUAAAAGAUAUAUAAGGUUGUUUACUAAGAGAUAACAUGGGAAUCUCAAUUGGGGCGAGGCAAUGGCCUCGACUCAUAUAUGCAAUAGCAUUUUGCAUAAUUGCUUUUACUACUUUUGCUAUUGCUGACGAUGAUAAGCCUUACUAUGGAGGCCAAUAUCCAUACAACAACUAUCCCCAACCACCCUACACUUACAAACCACCUUCAUAUAAUAACUAUCAAUCUCCACCCCCAUAUGCUUAUAAAUUCCCUCCAUAUAAUUAUCAAUCUCCUCCUCCAUAUGAUAAUAAAUUUCCUCCAUAUUACUAUAAAUCUCCACCAUCACCUUAUGUCGACAAAUUCCCUCCAUAUUACUAUAAAUCUCCACCUCAACCAUCUGCAUCACCACCACCUCCUUAUGUCGACAAAUUUCCACCAUAUUAUUACAAAUCUCCUCCUCCACCAUCUCCAUCACCACCACCUCCAUAUGUUUACAAGUCGCCACCUCCUCCUCCAUAUGUCUACAAGUCACCACCUCCACCACCCUAUGUCUAUAGUAGUCCACCACCACCACCAUAUGUCUACAAGUCACCACCUCCUCCACCCUAUGUAUAUCCAUCACCUCCAUAUGUUUAUAAGUCUCCUCCCCCUCCAUCACCUUCUCCUCCACCACCAUAUGUCUAUAAAUCACCUCCACCUCCAUCCCCUUCACCUCCUCCUCCAUAUGUCUACAAGUCACCACCACCUCCAUCUCCUUCACCUCCCCCUCCAUACGUCUACAAGUCUCCACCCCCACCAUCUCCUUCACCACCACCACCAUAUGUUUAUGAUUCUCCACCUCCACCAUAUGUCUACAAAUCCCCUCCUCCACCUCCCUAUGUUUAUAGCUCUCCUCCAAAACCUUACAUUUAUUCAUCACCACCUCCAUCUUAUCCUUCACCAACUCCUUACAUUUAUAAGUCUCCACCUACACCAUAUAAUCCAUAUUUAUAUAGUUCACCUCCUCCCCCCUUGUAUUAAGCUUAAUAAGUGUUUUGAUUUUCUUCAAUAAUUUUUCUAUGAUCAAUGUUGUGUGGUUUGUAAUAAAGUCUUCAUUAUAAUAAAGGCUAUCUUCUAUUAAAAGAUGUAUUUUGUACUAUGUGUUGUAUCAUUAUGAAUCAGUAUUAUUUUUAAAGUUUGAUUUAUUUAA